UGACUCAUCUGCUGCGCUUUGUUCCCGACGCUCUUUUCUUUCUUUCCUUUCGGCACUCUUUUGUCUUCAUUCAUUUAGCGGUGCGCUCUUUGUCCCAUUGUCUCCCUCGGUACCCCUACCUCUCCAGUAGAGGUAUUCGAUUCGGGUACAGUCCACCCUUCCACCGGUACAAAAAAUUUUAACUAGCAUCACGCGGGUAUCACCAACAUGAGAUACUAUCUUCUUUCCCUACUGGCUCUCUCUGGUGCAGUUACCGCCUGGCUUCCAUCUGAGCGUGACCUCUUUGGCGAACAGCCCAAUUCGGUCGCGAGAAGUGUAUCCAUCGGGAAGGGCAGGUCCAUCAAGCGCUUCGACUCGAGCUACAACAAGAUCCGCGGCGUGAACCUCGGUUCUCUCUUCAUCAUCGAGCCUUGGAUGUGCGCGGAUGAAUGGAAAUCCAUGGGAUGCGACGGCACUAAUUCUGAGUUCGAUUGCGUCCUGAAGUUGGGUCAGGACGCUGCAAAUGCUGCCUUCAAGAAGCAUUGGGAUACGUGGAUUACCGAGCAGGAUCUAGACAGAAUGAAAGAGUAUGGUCUGAAUACUAUUCGUGUGCCUGUUGGGUACUGGCUGGUUGAAGACACGGUGUACGCGGACAGCGAGCAUUUCCCGCAGGGCGGGCUGGAGUAUCUGGACCGGCUCGCUGGAUGGGCCGCCUCGAGGAACAUCUAUGUGAUCUUAGAUCUUCAUGGUGCUCCCGGUGCCCAGGAGCCAAACCAGCCUUUUACUGGCCAGUACGCGCCCUCCGCCGGCUUCUUCGUCUCUUGGCAAUACGACCGCGCCUACAAGUUCCUUCAAACAAUGACCGAACGCAUCCACAAGAACAACGCGUACCGUACCACCGGCAUGAUCGAAGUCCUCAACGAGCCCGAGCGCAACCACCCCGACCUCAUCACAACCUACUACGCCACCGCAUACGACAAGAUCCGCGAGACAGAGGAGAACCUCAAUAUCCCUGGCGCCCAGCAACUCACUAUCCAGUUCAUGGACCAAGCUUGGGGCGCCGGUAACCCCAGGGACGUGCUGCAAGGUAAAACCGGCGUUGCUUUCGACGACCACAGAUAUCUCAAAUGGGCGCCUAUCGAGCAGAGUAAGCAAUCAUACCUCAGCACCUCCUGCAGCGACACCUUCGGCGACGGCGACAGCAAACCGAUUAUCGUGGGCGAGUGGAGCUUGGCUGUCGAUAGCAAUCAGGAGUGGAAUGCAGGCUGGGAUCCGACUAAGGAGGAGAACAAGGCGUUUUACACGCAGUGGUGGGCCGCGCAGGUGCAGGCAUAUGAGAAGGGUCUCGGGUGGGCCUUCUGGAGCUGGAAGACGCAGCUUGGCGGUGAUUGGAGAUGGAGUUAUAGUGCGGCGGUCGAUGCGGGCGUCAUUCCCAAGGAUCCUGGGCAGGCUGCUGCGUUGGCGAAAUGCUGAUGACUUAAGUGUGCUGCGGUGAGA